CUUGCAGUCGAAUUCAAAGCUCAGACAAAUCAGAAGCUUCUCUUCUCUCUCGUCUCUUGUUUCCUCAGUUAAAAAGAGUAAAGACUUCAUCUGUGCUUUAUUCAGGACGGCACAGAGAUCCAAUCUCGGUAUAAGUUCAUGAAAAAGACUAUUCUUGGAUGAACGUAAGUGUUGACUACUUCAAAUUUAGCGAACUAUUCGUAUAAUAAGGCCAAAUGAAGAAAAAUGAAAAUAACAGCAUGAUAUUCGAUGACUCAUUGAAGGUAUUCCACCGAACACAUGAAUGGAUAGUUUAUGGUAAUGGAUAUCUCAAAAGGCUAUUGUUUACCAGAAUGGAUAUACGAAAUGAUCCUGUCCUCUACCAGAAACAAAAAUGGUCCUGUCCGAACUCAUAAAGAUAAAAGCAAGUUUUCAUUCUGUAAUAUUAGGAACCUUCUAAUGACCGUUUAUGUAGGGUAUAUACGUAUAUCAAUGCUUUGAUUUCUCAGGAUUCGAGGCUAUCUGUCUCCACAUAUAUGUGCGUGUGUAUGUAUUAUAUCAGGACUAGUAUAAAAGAGAGGGGUGACUUUAAUUUCUGCAAUCUGCAGAACUGUCUCGACUUAAGAAAGAAUCCAGGAAGAGAGAGUAAACUUCAAAUGGCAGCGGUGGGCAAUAAAGAGCGUCUACCCCCGGUUCUGGAUUCCUCUGCGGAGCAGCCUCCUCUGUUUGAUGGAACCACAAGGCUGUAUAUGACUUACACGUGCCCCUAUGCCCAACGAGUGUGGAUUGCUAGGAACUAUAAGGGUUUACAGGAAGAAAUAAAGUUGGUGCCGCUGAAUCUUCGGAACAGUCCCACUUGGUACAAGGACAAAGUGUACCCUACCAAUAAGGUGCCGUCAUUUGAACACAAUGGCAAAGUUGUGGGAGAAAGCCUCGAUCUCAUCAAAUAUGUCGAUAUCAAUUUCCAAGGCCCUUCCUUAUUCCCGAAUGAUCCUGCCAAGAGAGAGUUUGCCGAAGAGAUGCUGUCUUACAGCGACGAGUACAUCACGGCAGUCUACAAAACAUUCACAAAGGAUGCACCGCAAGAACUCGGAGCUCUGCUUGAUUACUUGGAGACUGCCCUACAAAAGUUCCAGGAUGGACCAUUCUUCCUCGGACAAUUUAGUUUGGUCGAUGUAGCUUAUAUUCCGUUCAUCGAGAGGUUCCAGAUCUUCUUGUCGGCAGUGAGGAAGUACGAUAUUGGAGAGGGAAGGCCCAAACUGGCAGCGUGGAUCGAGGAAAUGAACAAGAUCGAGGCUUACAACCCAACAAAGUGCAAUCCCGAUGAACUAGUCAAAUCUUACAAGACCUACUUCGUCUAGUUCAUCGCAGCGCUUCAGUUGACAGACCGACACUUAUUAAACGAACAUCUGAUCUCCGCCUGUAGGGGCUAUUUGGUCUGUCUGCUUGCUUGAGGAUUGGGCAAUAGAGGAAGUGUUGUGCUAAGUAGCAAUUAUUACAUGAGAAUAACGAGGUCGUGUCAUGACUUGUCAAGCAAUAUGUUCUAUGAUAUCAAACUGGAAAAAAUUCGAAUACGUGUGAGCCGUCGUCUGAUCAAUUUUUUAUUGUGGAAUUUGCAUUAAAAAAAAAUGGUAUGACGGCCUAGUAAUUACAAGAAACAGUUCCUUCAAUGGACCGAAUAAUAUUUCAUCAAACAAAAUGUUCACAUCGUAAUGCCAGAGCUAUAAACCGGAUAACGUCCGGAAUUGGGUCGGACCAGAACCGGGAUUC